GCAGUAGUAGCUGCCUGCGAAAAAACGUGGUGCGUCACAAUUUCGGUCUCGCCAGCGGUGGUGGUGUAAGUUCGUGUGAAAAUUCGCCGCUUCCGGUGCGUCGUAAGUUCGGUGCUGUUGGUGGGCAAGCGUUUCCUGUGUCCCCGGCAAAAAGUGUGCUUGGUGAACCGGGAGUAUUUUCGUCGCCUAUUCAUCGUCCGUAUACCCAUCACCAUGCGGUUGCCGCAGGCUUCCAUGGGUCAACCGGUGCAAGUCCAGCUAAAAGUGUUAUGGGUGAGCCAGGUGCGUUUUCGUCUCCGGUGCGCAGUGUAGUUUGCGGUUCGUCGGUUGUUGAACCGAAAGGUGUUGGUGGUGGUAUGUGUGGUGCGAAUGGAGUGGAAGAUAUGGAUAACAGUGGAGGUAGUGCAAGUGCAAGUGAUGUGUUAGCAAGUGAUCAAACAAUUGUGUCCGGUUGGUUGAAGUUUCGUGACAACAAGAAGUGGAAAAUACGAUGGGGAGUCGUAACGAAGCUAUCACCCGCCGCAGAUUGCCUUCAUCUGCAGUUAUACCGCGACUCGAAAGAUCGCUACAAAAAUGGCCAAACAAAGGCAUCGCUCUCGCUACAGCAUUUUCUCGGCGUGGAGUCAGGCUUCACGCUGGACAAGGAGUCCAACACGAUAGCAAUCAUCUGCCAGGAUGUGAUCGUCGUCCUGGCAUUCGAUACCCGCGAAAGACUGAUACAAUGGCAGGUAAAAAUAUCUAACAACCUCGGGGAUGAUCUCCAGUACCUGGUUCUGGUUUCAUCGGCACCACCGAAAGCGAAACUAUCCACCGGACCCGCCCGAAUGCACAUCCAGGACCAUCGGUUCUGCCUCACCACGGGCGUCCCUCCUCGGUUGACAGGGUUAUGGCAAAUUGAGCAUUUAAGACGAUACGGUGUGGUGGACAAUCGGUUUUGCUUUGAAGGCGGAUCGAGUUGUGGGAAAGGCGAAGGACUAUAUGUCUUCGUAACAGAUUUGGGCGAGGAGAUAACGCAUACUUUUAAGCUGGCAUCACAGGGUAAGCUUGCCAGUAAAAAGCGAGCCUCAGCGAGAAAAAAUACAGCGCUCGACAGUCCACGCAAGGGUGCGGAAUCUCGCUCGACAAACUACAACGACGAAAUAUGUACAGUGCAUAUCGAAAACUCAAGCUGCACGUGUCGAAACUCGUACUGGCCAUCAACCGAAUCGCGCGAUCUAGACAGUAACUAUGGUUGUGGUGAUACGGCUUCCGUUUCCGAGUGUCAUGACAGCAUCAACGAUUUAGACUCAUUUCCAAGGAACACGGUGGCUAAUCUUGAGCGUUGUAUGAGUUGCAUUUCGAAGCUGGGAGCACCUUCAAUGUCACGCAGCUCCACCAUUACGGGAACACCUGGUGCUGUCGCUCCGCUUCCAGCAUGGCAUAUGUUAACCGAGCACAACAAUCACAUCAACCAAACUCACAAGCUUCCGGCGCCACAACUAGCCCUCGAUCGGAUGUCCCUCUGCUCACACGGCAGCAGCAACAACUCCGAGUACUCUAUCCCCCGACAGACAUGUGGUGCUGGCGAAUCGAGCUGGUAUGAAAAGGCUCCAAGCCAACAGACGGCGCUCAUUUGCAGUCACCAUCUUCGGUCGACGUCUCCUUGCAGUUGUAGCUGUCCCUCGGUACCGUGUCGUCCUCCGAAACCGAGGGACAUUUCACUACACAUAACGGCUCCCUUGCAUACCGCCAUUAGCAUGUCCAGCGGUAAGACCCCACAACAGCCACAGCAUAGUGUCGGUCCGUAUGAAAAUUACGAUGUGCCGAAAACCCCAAUCGCUAUUGAAGGUUCAUCCUCAGCUUGCACACCGGGCGAGAAUUACGAUACGCCGAAAAAAAUACAAGAGUACCUGGCAAAGGAAGGCAAAGAUGUGGUGGAUGGUGGUAGUAGUUACGGUAACUACGACAUGCCCAUGUCACUAACCAAAGCAGUAUGCAGUUGUCUGUCGGGUGGUAAUAGCGGAGAGCCACCGAUGCAACCAUCGAUGAAGGGACUCGACCGAGUUGACUGUACCUGUCAUCGUGUGAUGUCAUGGGCAGAUAAUUGGAUCUCUCUGCCGCUGUGUAAACGUGGAAAUGGUAUCGAAAACACGACCGUUCAGGUGAACAAGGUAAAGCUGAGCGGUGAGGGUAAGAUGCCCGUCAUGGAUGCCAGUGGUACGGGUGAUGGUGGUGGUGCCAUUUAUGCGACCGUAGAUAUGACGAAAAAGAUCCGAAAAAAGCUGGAGCAGGUGGCGUGCGCGUGUGAUGAACCGCUCAUGACUCAGCCACAGGCUAGCGGCCCCAAGCAGCUUCCUGCCAGCUGUUACGAUAACUACGAAGACGUGGAAAUCAAACCUGAGGCCACAGCCAACUACGCGAAUCUUGAAUUCGAAAGAUCUCUAGAGAACUACGAAAAUUCCAAAGAGGUGUUGCAACGAGCAGGGCUCUGUCUAGCAGGUGCUCCCAGUGAUGAGGAAGAACCUCGAGUCUGUCACAAGUGUGGACAUCCGAGUGCAAAAACACCUGAUACUGAGGAAACUAAUCGGCCAGAAAGUGGUGAACAAAUAUCGACUGAAGAUAAGCAGGAAAACUACAUGAUGAUGGAACCGGGGAACAAAAAGUCCAAAUUCCCUGGUUAUAUUCCAAUGACUCCAGCUGCUCCAUUAGGCACCGGUGGCUCCGAACCGAUUGACGGAAACGUAUCUCCCACUGCUCCUCCUCUUCCCUCAAAAUCGGACCUUCUGAAGCAACGUAUGAGCCGUAUCAUCGGUGAAAAAUCGGCAAGCAACCCGAGUCUAUCCGGACCAGCAGUGGAUCGCAGUCGGAAGCGGAUAGAUGACGAAUCAUGCGUUCCGGGCAGUGCGAUGCUGCGGGCCACUCUUGCCAGUCCGUAUGCCCGAAAGCAGCUCAUGGAUAGUAGCGACCUAUUACCGACAUGUGCUGCAGAAAAGCGACUGUCCCCUCGAAAACGUUCGGCGUCCGCCGAAUCUUCCCGCUUCUUGGACGCGGAGGGUGAAGAGGUUGAAAGUCCACUAAGUGGGACGGCUUCUCCAAGUACGGAGACGCUAUUACGCAAGACACCUACUCCAGGCUCAACGACGGCUCUCCGACGAUCUUCAUCUCCAUGCGUACAUCAAGAAAUGGAGUCCAGUGACAAGACGGCGACAGUGGCCGAACCUGAAGACGAUCUGUCUGCAUCGACUAACCCUGCCUCGAGCCAAGCCUCGCAGUCAGUUUACAUACGGCGAUCAGAAAGUGUACCCUGUAAGGCACAGAACCGAGAUAGCUCGAGUUCAAAUGAUUCUGGUGUGUCUACUGGAUCGUUACGACAACGUGGUACCGAUUUCACUGACUUUGAGCUUCCACUUACGACCGCCAUGUCUGCGAGACGUCAUCAGCGGCACGUACUACCGACACAAAACUGUGUCCAUGCGUCCUUACCACGUCGUUCCAAAUCGUUCGAUCCAUUGCGAGAGCUAUCCUUCCAAUUUCAAAAGGUGCGCGUACCGGAAAAGAGUACCUCCGCAGAGGCAGAAGUGCCCGUCUGUCCACCCAAAGCUAAAGAUGCAAUGGCAGGUGUUCCUGGAGCACCUUACAUCGACUCACGAAGUACCAGUAGUGGCACGUCCGAUAUGUCCGACUACAUCGAGACACUUUCCCUCUCUAGUCACAGUUCCUCCGAUACACCUGAAGGCAUGAGACACAUUCGACAAGCAACUUCAACGCUGAGGCCACGCUCUGGUAAAGAAUAUCAGAAUAUCGAUCGCUCGAUACUGUCUCUAACACAAGCGAGUACGGACGCAAUGAAAGUUCCGGGCACACCGUCUCAAUUGCGUGGACUGCUUUCAUGUUCGGCCAACUAUGCCAACAUCACGCCCGUGCCAGAGAAUGCCGAAUCACCUAGCCCCGGCUAUCAAAGUGGCACCUCACCGCAGGACGCACAGGGACAGCAUUUUAUGUUUAAGAACUCAUCAUAAAACCAAAACAACGGAGACUUCAUCAUUAAGGUACUGUACAAAUAAUUUCAUUAAUUUAAGGAUGAACUGCUCAUCGGAAAAUGAGUUCUGAAAGGUGGAUUAAUCAUACAGUAACAAAGCGCAUAAAUUAAAGCUAAAAACAAAAAACGACAAAACAAAACAACAUUCAAUGAAAGCAAUAACAUUACUAAGCAUAAAUAAUGUUUUUGUAAGUUAGUCUAUAUACAUGGUAAAUGGAAACUAGAAAAUCAAAAGCUCACCCGAUCCCCUACAAACUUCAAGCGAGAGUAAACGGCAAUUGUACAGAUUUAGUUUCGUGAAAAAAUUGCCACAUAUUUUCGUCUAAAGGAAUUUGCAGCCCCAAGCGUAUUGGGCAACCUCGUCUGCCUAAUGUAGAACACAUACCAAUUUCCUACACAUAUGCUCCCCUAUGCUGGAUAACUAACGAGCAAAACUCCCCAUACAAAGCUGAAGUUGCAUUGUAAAGACAGAAAAGACAUAAAAAUUGAUCGCUUACGACUUCAAGCAAACCCAGGCACAGAACGAUGCCAAACUGAAGUAGGAAACAAAAAGAAAUGGAACGGAAAGAAAACACCCGGAAAAGAAUGAAUUGCAGUUGGCACUGUUGUUUGGCUUCUGGCGGUCUAUGCUGCUGUGUCUGUGUUUGAUUGUAAUUAUUUAACCUUCCGAUCCUUGAAGGCAUCACUCUUGUCUUUUCUUCCUGGGUUACCUGUGCAAUGUUUGCACUUGUGCCGUGAGGACGAUUUUCCCUGUUGUCAUCUCGCUGCUCUGCUGCCCAAUGAUGAAGCGCAAACAAUAGAGUAUCCCUACGCUCCAAGGGUUUUCGCUUCCCAAAUUUCCGGACAGCGGAAGAGAAGACGAAAAUGGUACCAAAUAGAAACAAUGAAGCGCAAGAAUUGCUUCCUUGUAAGUAGCUUCUCUCGAAAGAAGCAAUAAUAAGUUUCCGAUGAGGGUGUGUUGAGAACGCCACCAAAAAACGGGGAAAGCAAAUAGACUGGCUUCAUCGGAACGAAGAAAUGUUACACUUACGUUGGUAAAUAACAUAUUUUCCUCAUGAUUGUAGCUUCGUGACAAAACUGUCCAUACGGAAAAUACAAUCAAUCGAUGGAUUGCGAUAAAAAUGUAACCCAGUGUUUUAUUUCGCGUAACGUUGGCUGCAUGUGAUUCCUUCUGUAGGUAAACAUAUUUUUUGAAGAUUAAAACAAACAUAACACAGUGGUUUAUGAUACUGAGAUGAUUUUGCUACCUGUGUGUUUGUAUGGAUAAAUUGAAGAUGGAUUGUGUCUUGACAUAUUGGACAUUUUUCCAAUAUUUGAACGCUUCCUGUUCGUUGACAACAUUUGUUCAAAUAUGAGAAUCGUUCAGAAUAUGCUUUUCGUUGUUAUUGCAUGCAUAUAAGAAGAAAAGAGUAAACUAUGGCUAAGAAAACCUGGAAGUUGACAUAUUUUGAAACAGGGUUCAUUUGAAGCUGUAAGCGAUUGAUUCUGUAAAUACAGACGAAUGCAAACAAACUGACAACAACACAAAAGAGUUGAAAAGGAAAAAAUGCAUACAAUCUCAAAGCUGAAAGAGAAAAAACUGACAGAGAAAACAUGCCAAAAAUAAUAACAAAAAUAAAAAGAUCUGAAUAAGAUUUAUUUGUAAACGCAUAAACACAUACAAGAAUAUGUAGAAAAACGAAAAGAAUUUGUCACAGUAAACAAAAGAUAGACGUUACUCGAGUUUCAGUUUUAUGAAGUAAAAAAACGUGCAAUGUAGAUAAAUGAAAUAUUCACACGUCACAUCUGCAUCAUCUCAUCUGCUUCGUAAAUUAUGAUCCAUCCUUCCGCCCUUCACGCUCGUAUAACUACAUCAUCAAAUGUUAAUUUUCUUACAUUAAAGACUCAUGAUUUUUCAUCGGAUACUACUCCUGAAAUGACUGAAAUCGUUGAUAUAU